CUGACAGUUUGCGGGAGUGAAAGCUUCUGUCAUGUUCAUCGAUCUAGGAAGCUUCCUAGGAAGAUUUUGUCUGAAAUUUCCAUAACUGUCUUACUGAUACAGUAUCACAUACUUUCUGAAUGUAUCACGAUCCUUAAAUCACUUAGUGCAAUCUCGCGACGGUUCAAACUUGGAACAAAAGUUAUGUGCUGAGGACUGAGCCAAAUUAACCUCACAUACUCUGCCCAAUAACUGUCUGAGUUGUUGAAGACUUUCACACCUAACCUAAUUACAUUAUCGUGGUGAUUUAGGCUUGCAACGUUGUACAGAGCACUGAUAUUGUCACAACAGUGUAAUUUUUAAUCAUUUGGUACGUGCAAGCGCAUCUCCACCCUGCGAAAUAAACACGAAACGGUUCGUGUUCGCCUUCUGUUAACAUCCAACAACGUUCGUAUGUUUAUGGCUCUCUUGUCGUUUCACAACGUUAUUCUAGAAAAUUUUAUUGUUUAUAAGCACUACUCACAUUUUAUUGGCAUCAUCAACAAGUUUUUCCCCCUUGUUGAAAGUUCUGCGGAACAUUCAAACGGUGAGGUAGUUUACCGGUUCAGUAAUGAUUAAGAUGCAGCUGUGGCGACACACGUUUAAACCGGAAGUCCGUUUGCGGUGUCUGGCCGGCAGUCGGCUAACGGUGUACGCAGGCUUCCGUUCUAAUAGUGCGCACCUAUGUCGUGUGUGCUGCAGGAACAAUGUCGCAGAAGGUGAAGGUAGACGUCCGCAUCACUGUCUUCUACGCAGACGGCGUCACAAUUUACGUUUACAUCUAGACUCUGGAAAAAUACUCGUCUUCGGAACGCUGUACCCGGCCUAUGCAUCCUACAAAGCCGUCCGCACCAAGAACGUCAGGGAAUAUGUUAAGUGGAUGAUGUACUGGAUUGUAUUUGCCCUGUUCAGCUGUGCCGAAACUUUCACUGACGUCUUCCUGAGUUUCUGGUUUCCAUUUUAUUAUGAGAUCAAGAUCCUGUUGGUUCUGUGGCUGCUCUCACCUGCCACUAAGGGAUCCAGUAUACUGUACCGCAAAUUUGUGCAUCCAAUGCUCAGCAGGCGUGAGCAGGACAUAGAUGAGUACAUAGCCAAAGCAAAAGAACAAGGAUACCAUACGGUACUUCAUCUUGGGACGAAGGGUGUCAACUAUGCUACAACAGUCAUAAUGCAGACUGCCAUCAAGGGUGGUGGUGGUCUUGUGCAGCAAUUGAGACGCAGUUACAGUCUGGGUGAUCUGAGUUCAGAUGUUGAUGGUGACAGCAACAGUGGAAGAAAGGCACUACCAGAGGCUCAGGAUAGGAACAGAGAUCGAGAAAGGGUUGCGUCAGAUGGUAGACAUCAUCGACCUAGAGGCCAUAGCCCUCGACGUUCUGCAUCUGGGUCAGGAAGGGUUGAAAUGUAUUUUCCAGAAGUGGAUGUUGAUGUGAGAGGAGCAUCUGUUAGAGAACCAAGUGUGCCGCUGAGCCAUAUCCGAUCGUCGGAGGAUGUGAGCUCAGGCUAUUCAUCUGCUGAACCACUGUACCAGCACGGCAGCAUCAGUGGAGGGCAGCAUGGUGAAAGUCGCCCUGAUAGCUUAGCGAGUAGUCGUGAGCCACUUGUUCGGACUGCUUCCGUGGGUGGAUCUUCACGGUCUGCCCGCACACGAUCUUCUCGUGGUGGUGGUGGAACUGUUACAAAAAAGGGAUCUUCACCUGGGGUUCCUGAGGCCAGUGAAGAAUGUAGCCUCGGAGAAAACAACGACCUAGACAUGAGUUCUCUUUCUCCUUCCCAUUCUCGUUCCCGUUCCAAUUCCCUGCCAAUGUCAGCUGACCUCCUACGACCUGAGUUAGUCGCCCUCCUACAAGCUUUAAAUGCUGAACUUGAGCAGAAAGUUUCCAUGAGCAAACUGUCAGAGAUUAAAGUUUCAGAAGCGGUAAAACAAACUGAAAAACCAGAAGAUUCUUUUCACUUAGCUGAAGGAGAAAUAAUGGAGUCUAUACACAGAACUGAGUCAUCUUCCAUUUUAGAAUUGGCUGGAACUAAGGAAAUGUCAGAUAUCAAACAAGUAUCUGGCUCUGCUACUCUUCCUCGGAGCAAGAAAACUGGAAAAAGAAAACUACAGUGAACUUAGGUUCUCCACAAUAGGCAUCUCAAGAUGAUUUUGUCCAAUGAGGAGGUUGAGCAGCCAACAAAAGUAUUACACUCCAAAGUCAUAGAAUGCUGUUAGAUGUUCCUGCUGUCUUUGAUCCUGCUAGUCAUUCAGUGAAAUUCCACUGCCGUGACAGGGCAACAGAAAUUCAAUUUCUGAUUUCAUUGGAAGUAAUGACUAUGUUGGUUAUGUACAUACUGUGAUUGAGUUGGAACAUGUGGUACUAAAAAAAAUUAGACUUGUUUUUGGCAGCUAGGAGCUAAUGUUCACCAGGAAAGCUUUAUUCCGAAUGGAAAAAUAAAAUGCACACUUUAAAAUUAAAAUAUGUUGUUCCUGAUUUUAUAUUCUAAAUUUGUUGUAUAUUGCUGUUGAUUAUAGCUUGACUCUGCUGUCAGAUACUACGAAUAGAUUUGUAAGAAGAAGCUUUAACAAGGUUAAAUUAUUGUCCUUUGUUGAAUUUCUAUCUGUCCAAUGAUGUUUUACAUUCCUUCCCCAAGAGAAGAACUGGUAUACUGAAGACAAAAGCUACUGCUUCCCUGUUGUUAGACAAAAUUUUUAUGGAGGUAUUGCACUGCAUAAUUGUUGAUUCUUGAGACUGAACAGUUUUGCCCAGACUGCAUGAACUGUACUUCUUUUUUUAUACAGCAGUUUACAUUCUUCUGUGUCAGUAGAAGUAGAAAUUAACAAUGUUGUUGUUGAUAAUGCUAGUCUAAAAAUUUCUAUAUACUUCAUGUUACUGAACUGAUACAAUUGUACGAGAUGUGUUUUGAUUGAUGUGUGAUGUUUAGAGACAAACAUGUCAGGAUAUGACUUGACAAUGUUGCUCAAUGGUUUUUACCAAGACAGAAAGUAAUGUGUGUGACAAAACAGCAAAUCUUUCACAGUAUAAAAUGUAUAUGUCAAAUAGUAUUGUACAUUUAUCAUUUUUUACGAGGAGGUGAAAAAAUAUGUAAUGCUGAAUGUUAUUGGUCUCAGUUAUGAUUAAUAUUUAUCUGAAUUCACUUAUAAUUUAACUUAUUUGAUCUGAAAUUAUCUAAUAAACACUGUAAUGCAUUUUAAAAUGUAAUGUACACACAAUAAAAUAAUUUCUCUCAUGUAA